AUGAGGAAGAUCCGCGCCAAUGCCAUCGCCAUUCUGACCGUAGCCUGGAUCCUGGGCACUUUCUACUACUUAUGGCAGGACAACCGAGCCCACGCAGCAUCCUCCGGCGGCCGGGGCGCAAAGAGGGCCGGCGGGAGGCCAGAGCAGCUCCGAGAGGACCGCACCAUCCCGCUCAUUGUGACAGGAACGCCCUCCAGAGGCUUUGAUGAGAAGGCGUACCUGGCAGCCAAGCAGCUGAAGCCAGGAGAGGACCCCUACAGGCAGCACGCCUUCAACCAGCUGGAGAGCGACAAGCUGAGCCCUGACCGGCCCAUCCGGGACACCCGCCAUUACAGUUGUCCAUCUGUGUCCUACUCCUCCGACCUGCCAGCCACCAGUGUCAUCAUCACCUUCCACAACGAAGCCCGCUCCACUCUCCUACGCACGGUGAAGAGCGUCCUGAACCGAACUCCUGCCAGCCUGAUCCAGGAGAUCAUUCUAGUGGAUGACUUCAGUUCAGAUCCCGAAGACUGUCUGCUGCUAACCAGGAUCCCCAAGGUCAAGUGCCUACGCAAUGACCGGCGGGAAGGGCUGAUCCGCUCCCGAGUUCGUGGGGCAGACGUGGCGGCAGCUGCCGUCCUCACCUUUCUGGACAGCCACUGCGAAGUGAACACGGAGUGGCUGCAGCCCAUGCUGCAGCGAGUGAAAGAGGACCACACCCGCGUGGUGAGCCCCAUCAUUGAUGUCAUCAGUCUAGAUAAUUUCGCUUACCUUGCUGCAUCUGCUGACCUUCGCGGAGGAUUCGACUGGAGCCUGCAUUUCAAGUGGGAGCAGAUCCCCCUGGAGCAGAAGAUUGCGCGGACAGACCCCACCAAACCCAUAAGGACGCCUGUCAUAGCUGGAGGAAUCUUCGUGAUUGACAAGUCCUGGUUUAACCACUUGGGAAAGUAUGAUGCUCAGAUGGACAUCUGGGGGGGAGAAAAUUUUGAGCUGUCCUUCCGUGUGUGGAUGUGCGGCGGGAGCUUGGAGAUCGUGCCCUGCAGCCGGGUGGGCCAUGUCUUCAGGAAAAGGCACCCGUACAACUUCCCCGAGGGCAAUGCCCUCACCUACAUCAGGAAUACCAAGCGCACCGCAGAGGUGUGGAUGGAUGAGUACAAGCAGUAUUACUAUGAAGCCCGGCCAUCGGCCAUCGGGAAGGCCUUCGGCAGCGUGGCCACGCGCAUCGAGCAGAGGAAGAAGAUGAACUGCAAGUCCUUCCGCUGGUACCUAGAUAACGUCUACCCAGAGCUCACCAUCCCCGUGAAGGAAGUGCUCCCGGGCAUCAUUAAGCAGGGGACUAAUUGUUUAGAAUCCCAGGGCCAGGACACAGCUGGUAACUUCCUGCUCGGAAUGGGGAUCUGCAGAGGGUCUGCCAAGAACCCCCCAGCGGCCCAGGCCUGGCUCUUCACUGACCAUCUCAUCCAGCAGCAGGGCAAGUGCCUCGCUGCCACCUCCAGCUCCGUCUCCCCAGGGUCCCUGGUCGUGCUGCAGGCGUGCAACCCAAGAGAAGGCAGGCAGAGAUGGAGGAGAAAAGCCUCUUUCAUCCAGCAUUUGGUCAGCGGCCUCUGCCUGGAGGCCAAGCCCGCCCAGCUGGCGACCAGCAAGUGCCAGGCCGACGUCCCAGCCCAGCAGUGGCAGCUGUUGCCGCACACAUGA